AUGGAAGAAGACAUCACCGCAUUACUAGAGCUCAUCCACCCCGGCGAAUCCAAAAAAUUCCCUAAUUUAGAUUCACUCUCCCUGACCUGGAAAUACCUGCCAGCUUUACCUCCUAAUCCUCGCAAUAUCCGGCUGUUUUACAGAUUUCUAAAAAAAAGGAACCUCGAAGACCCAAAAGCUUCUCUUUGCAUAGUCCAUGGGUUUGCUGAGCACAGUGGGAGGCUUAUAAAUGCUGCUGUUCAUUUUGCAUUACUUGACUAUGAAGUCCAUAUGAUUGAUUUACGACAUUUAGGCUAUUCAGGAGGCGCAAGGGCUGGGCACAACUUAUUUGAGCUACAAAGUGACAUUAAUCUUCUCCUUCAACAGGCAAGCCCUAAUCUCCCUUGUUUUUUGUGAGGACACAGCAUGGGUGGACUUCUCGCUACAACUAUCAUGAUAAAUAACCCCAAACUUACCAUUGCAGGGGGUAUUCUUACUUCUCCUUUUUAUAAGUCACCGAAUGCUGAUAUUGGGAAAUUAAAAGAAUUUUUUAUGAAUUUGGCGUCUCCUCUGAUAAACCAAGGAGUUUUUAAUUCUUUUAUUUGUCCGACUAGUGUAACUAGAGACGAUAUAUGUGUUAGAAAUAUUUUUGAGGACCAUAAAAUGAUCCCAUUUUUAGGUUCUUGCAUGGCACUUAGCAUGCUAAAACAUUUAAGGCCUAUUAUUUCAAGCUCAAAAAAAAUGAUCCACCCAGUGGCAUUUUUCCAUGGAAAUAAAGAUGCAUUAACAUGUUGUAGUGCCACUCAAAAAGUAUAUGAAAACUGUGGAAGUGAGGAUAAAACUAUGGUGGUUCUUGAAGGAGAAUAUCAUGAACCUCACCAUGAUUUAGACAGAGAUGAAUUUUUAAACAAAAUUAGCGACUGGGUAGAAGCAAGAUAUAGAGGAGCAAAAAAGCUGGGAAAUGUGGCGAGGAUAAAAAUAGGCCCUCCUGGAAUGAAAAAAAUGAGUGGGAUAUGCAAAAUUUUGGUUGUUUUAGGGGUUUUGGUUUAUUUAGGAAUCGCUUGGAAAAUAAGAAUACCAAAUCUGAUGGCUUUGAUUCUGAAAUUAAAUAGUCUGGCAUUAAGGCUAUUUUGGCCUGUGGCAUUAAUAUUUAAACAAGUAAGUAUUUAG